CUGUUACUGGAUACCUGUAAAUGGAAGGGAAUGGAAUCCCUUUGUGGCAGCACUGCAUAAGGGGCUGUUUGAGCACUGCAGAUGUUCCUCUCACCAGCACCCUAUGGUAGAUUUAGCAGAGAAGGAGAUGGAUAACCCCACGUUUAGAAGUGACACUGUGCUGUCUGAUGUUCACUUGCUCUGCCCAAGCAAAAGACACCUCAUGGUACGACUGAAUGCAGUUGGACAGCCAGUAUUCCUGUCAUAUUUCAAACUCCUUUGGAGCACAGAAGAUUUGGCAUCUGGGAAACACGUGAGAGAAAUUACCACAGGAAGAGAACACCAGUGCACAAGUGGAGAUGAACUGUGUGACAAGGACAGGAGUAACGUGAAAGAAGAAGGAGAAUUAAAUAGUGAAGGAGUAGAAGCUCUGCUAGAUGAUGAUGGAGACUUGGAAGUGGUCAGAAGGCCUCGAAGUGCCUCUGAUUUGCAAGCAGAGGAUCUUUUGAGGGAUGUAGUGUGCCCUGUAAUUCUGAUGAAAGGGAAAGAAGAUGCUUUUGAAGAUGAAGAGUAUGAGUGCACUCGCAGUGAUGUUGUUAAAAUAGAACACACUAUGGCAACCCCCUUAGAAGACGUUGGUAAACAAGUCUGGCGUGCUGCCUUCCUUCUGGCUGAUUACAUUCUCUUUAAAAGGGACACGUUCAGGGGCUGCUCUGUGCUGGAGCUUGGAGGUGGCACUGGAAUCACCAGCAUUAUCAUGGGAACAGUUGCCAAAAGAGUUUAUUGCACAGAUGUUGGUGAAGAUCUCCUGACCAUGUGUGAGCAAAAUGUUGCAUUAAACAAGCACCUGAUGGAGGCAGGAGGAGGGGAAAUUAAAGUGAAAGAACUGGAUUGGCUGAAAGAUGAAUUCUGCACUGAUCCUGAAGCUUCUUAUAGCUGGUCUGAAGAAGAGAUUGCUGAUUUGCUUGAUCACUGUUCUGUGAUAAUGGCAGCUGAUGUGUUCUAUGAUGAUGACCUGACAGAUGCCUUGUUCAGAACUCUGUAUAGAAUCACACACAACUUGAGAAAUUCUUGCACAGUUUACUUAGCACUGGAAAAGAGGCUGAACUUCACUUUAAGACAUAUGGAUAUUACAUGUGAAGCCUACAGUCACUUUAGAAAUACUAUAAAUGAUCUGGAGAACCUCCAAGAUGGAAAAAUGAAAUAUACAGUGGAGCCCAUUAAGUUUGAUUUCUGCCAGUUCCUUGUUUAUGAACGGAUUGAGCAGUUGGAGUUGUGGAAGAUCAUGGCUGACCACCUAACGUGACAGGCCCACGAGGAAAGAGAAGAUCUUUACCUAAGGAGAAGGGCUAUUUUGAUAUUCUGUUAAGAAAAGGAUUUUCAUCCCAAGAAAAGCAUCUUCCUGGUGGAAUUGUGUUCUCAGAAAGUAUUGCAGUGCAGUUUUGCUUUACUUUUUUUGGUUUUGGCACAUAGUUUCUUGGACUUGUGCAGUUGGACAUGAUUUCUUUGAUGUUUCCAAGUACCUGCUGGAUGCCAGGCAGUGGCAGUGACACAGUGACUUGCUCUUUGGGUUGAUGAAUUCUCUCUUAGAGUCUGGCAAAGAAGUAUUUAACCUUUUCCAUGUGGCUGAUUUGCAGAUAUCAUGCAUUUCCCUUUUCAGUUUACACAACAUGGACACCGUUCUCAAUCUUAUCCCAGUUCCACACAUUAUUUGUAUUCAUCAACACUUCUGAAACGAUGCUCUGGACAAGACUUGUUUAUCAUUAAUGAAAUUUUCUUUAAGAAAUUUGUUUAUGAAAAUUGGCCCUUAAUUCUCAGUUUGUCCUAUAUAAAUCACUCUAGUUUAGGACCACUGUCUGACUUGAAAGGAAACAAGAUGCAUUUUGUUUGAGUCUCUAAAAAUACUCCAUAGAGGUUUUGGAGUAUAGGAGGUCAACCCUAUAUUGUCAUGCAGGAAUUUUAAGCUAUUCUGUCCUGAGCAGGUUGAGGGUGAGAAGGUACCACAUGAGGGGAGAUGUUACAGCUCUUGAAAUACUUGGAAUUCUAGCCUCAGCAUAUACUUAUGAGGCUGGGGGUAGGGAAGUGGCCAAGAAUGUCUUGCCCACACAAAAGUGGGCCUUCAAUAUCUUACUUCUGGAUUAAAAUAAAACAUAUUUAUUAAUCUC